UCCCUCCUCGGACGCAGUAUGAUAUUCAUCCCUGCCUUGCGUGGACAACCAGGUGCUUGCUAUUGGGGAGAAAACACGAUAACACGCGAGAAAUUUGUUGAGUCGACGGGUCAUUGAGCUUGCUGCUUUAGGGCUGAGAGGCUCCGGUAAAAUGUCGUCUUGGCCGAAAUCCUCCAAAGCUUCCCGGCGGCAGCAGGGUAACUCAAACGGCAGUGCCCAGCCGCUGAGGUUGUUCCGGAGAAGUGCGCCCUAUUCCGGCAGGGAGGAGAGGACCGAAGAUCUCAAGGAUGCCCUGGACAUUUACAAAGAACUAGAGCAAAAGCAAAACUACAGUGGGAGUGUCAAGUAUGACGGCGCAAAGCAUCAACCCAAUGCCAAGCCCGAGACCGCUCCAGCAGACAGACGGAAAACCUUGUAUCAAAGGUUCUAUAGGCAAGUGCAGGAGGAUCAGACAGCAGCUGACUGUGUGAUAAUUUCCAUGACCAACCAGUGCUUGGAUUACCCCAAAUCGCUAAACCAGUGCUUGCAGGAGCGUGGCCUGUCAGUGGAAAUGCUCUACCUGCAGGCGGAGUCAGGCCUGACCCAAGCCCUACAGGAUGUCCGAGGUGUUGGCUCCCCGUUAUGUAUUCUGUUGGAGCAGACAAACAUAGCUCUGUCAUCCUGCACUGUUAUCAUUUUCUCAGAGUCCCUCAAAAUCCACCGCAACAUGCCCAAAGACCAGGCCAUGGACUUUGUUGUAGCAGAACACAGGCGUGGAGUCAGUAAAGAAAGUACGAAAAGGGACCCCGCAGAUAUUGCAUCACAGGCGUCACAGUUGCUUGGGGAAUUUCUGGAUCGGGAAAAGAUUGAGCGACACCUUGUUCCCUCUGAAAUCCGUCAGUCCCUCCAGCUGUUGUCUGAAGGCGUGCACAUUUACCCCGAGGAGCUGGAAGCCAUCUCGACGUACGUCCGUUCCCGUCAAGAACACUUCCGAGCGAGCAACAGCGGGGAACAGAAGGGCAAAAUGUUACCUUCGGGACUGGGAAAGCCGCCUCCCCUUCUCCCGACACCGCUUGGGCCGCCUCAGUGCGCAAGUGAAGCAGGGCGCCCAUUGCUGGACCGUUCUCCGCCCACGCUGAUGCCACUCUUACCUUCACCAGGUUCCUACCCGAAAACCAAGCCUCCCCCUCUGCUCUCCUUGCAACGCCCGACAUCCUUGCACAACUCCUACGGUAGCCCCGGUUUGCUAUGUGGCCCUCUAAUACAUCGCCUCCCCCUACGUCACCAGGGCCCAAGAGGGUCCCACGGCCUGAAAGGUGCUCCGCCCUCCCUCAAAAGUUCUCGCCCUCCACUUUUAUCUACUCCAGGUGUCCCUCGCCUGAGUGGCCCGAGGCACUAAGCAUGCAGCAUCUAACAACAACUCAACAUUUAAGAGACUCUGGUUUUUAUGCCUCUUUAGGGUUCAACUUUUAAAAUACCGGGUGAAUUAGGAAAAAAACAACUAACUGAAUAGUUUGGUAUGUUUUGGUUUAUGUGGUUUUUUUUUCUCCCUCAAAGUAUAGUCAUCUGCAUCUAGUUUACCUUUUUAGAUUGACACAAACAAUGUAAAGGUAGAAUUGCUGAUUAGUUUUUAUGCUAGGCCUUGUGUUGUGAAGCUAUUUUGUAUCUCACAAACAUGGGCCAAAUCAGCCAUUUUGAUAAUCAGCUCCAAGACAAAAUAUGUAAAAUAGAAAUGUGUUCAGAAUAACAAAGAGUUAAAGUUUUGGUUGUGUUAUAAAGUUCCACAAUUAAAAAUGUUGUCUACAUAUUCCUGAGACUCAACAAGUCCCACAGUAUUUCAGUAUUUGUUUUCUUGGACUGUGUACAGUUGACCCCUGCAUAUUUACGCUUUGGCAUUCACGAAUUUACCUAUUAGCAGAUUUUGUUGGGUGGGGGGUACCUAUCCACCAUUAUUUGUGGAACAACCUGUUUAUUUGCAGUAUUUAUUUCUAACUCUUACAUACUUGAAAUAAAUCACGUCGUUUAAAUAUUUUUUUUUUUUUGUAUUUUUUUUUUUUUUUUUUUGGGACGCAUUUGGUUGUUAAAUCAUUUUGGAAAUCAUAUGUCACUAAGGUAAUUUGAAAUGCUGGAAGGAAACGUUAAGUUGUAGACAAUUUUCAUAGACAAUGUUUGAUUCCUGUACUUUAAAAAAAAAAAAAAAAAAAAAAAAAGUGUACAUGUGAAGUGAAUUAAUAAUUCAUGUUUGUGAAUAUGUUCUUUAAUGUGCUCUAGUGAUCUGCAGAUAUUUUGGGAAGCACAGAAAAUUACUUUUUGUUUUAGGGCAAAGGUUCACCUCCCAAUGUAUUAAAAUAAUUAAAUAUG